UUUGACGUUGGCCGGAGAGGGGGUGGCAAUAUUUCAGUUAUUCUUUAGUUAUUGUUCCAGUGAGUGACAAGUCUUAGCACCGGAAAACAAUCAGUGGCGUCGCUCACGUGGGUUCAAAGUUACGUUUACAAGAUGGUGAAGGGCACUAAAGCCCUCGAGGUCUGGUGUCAACGGGCCACUGCCGGGUAUCCCGGGGUGGAUAUCACCAAUAUGACUUCAUCCUGGAGGAGUGGGUUGGCCUUUUGCGCUCUAAUCCACAAAUAUCGUCCGGAUCUAAUCGAUUUCGGAAUUUUGGACAAGAAAGAUAUCAAAGGGAAUUGCACUCUGGCUUUCACGGUGGCGGAACAGAAAUUGGGGAUUGCGGCACUUUUAGACCCGCAAGAUAUGGUGGAAUGCCGGAUCCCGGACCGAUUGUCCAUCCUCACCUAUGUAUCCGAGUACUAUCACAAGUUCAAGGGCCUGACUGCCAAAGGCUCUCCCAAUGAUUUGAGUAUGAAAAAGACAACUUUGAAGAGACAAGAUUCCACGGAUUCCGCCGGGAUGCCGUUGAGCCGAACCCCGUCCUCUUACUCGGGCGUCGGAUCAUCGCAAGAAUCAACUUCGUCCUCUUCAUCCUCGGUUUGCGACUCACCGCCACCCAUAACAUCAAAAUCUGCCUCCAAUGAGAAUAUUGAACCCACACAAGUCAAAACGAGUCGCGAGGCUGAAGACCACCACGUGGUGAUUCGACGGAAGGAGAAGACCCUGGCUUCCAGACGAAUGGUCCAAUCCAUGUAUGUGGAGACCACAGGAGGCAUCGGAAGCCUUAUCAAUUCUGGCAGCACUUCUCCCGAUAUUGAAAGAGAGAACCCGUUCCGUGACGCCAUGAUCAAAUUCACUGCCAUGGAGAAAGAAAUCAAAACCCCUGCCGAUGUAAAUCCCAUAGCUGCCACAGCCCCCAACACUGCCCCUCAACGUAAGAGCUCUUGCUCCAAGUCCACUGAGACGUUAUCUCCCCGAUUGGACACGAAGUCCACCCAGACUGCCGGAGUCUUGAGAAAGACCAGUCGGACCAGUCCUUUCAAGACCGUGUUGCAAUCUCAAAUCUCAUGCCCAUCGGCGUUCUCCACGCCUCCAUCCAGUGAGAGGAGCACUCCAUCGAAGUCAACUUUGAGCUACACCUCAAUUCCCCGACCCUACACUGCGGGUCAAAUGAAUCGAUCCAUGUCUUUGGGACAAUCGUUAAACAAGAUGACCUUGAAAGUGGCCACUCCGAUCAAAAACAGUUCUAACUACGGUCAACCUAGCGCCACCUCACAAAAGGUGCAAGACAUCAUGUCUCAGAGCAUGACAUACGGAUCUCCUAUCCCCAACGGGACCCCUCAAAACUAUUUACAACGUCAGCAUUCCAGCAACAUCGAACAACAACAACAACAACAACAACAACAGCAACAAAGACAGCGACGCCACCACCACCAACAGCAGCAGAAACAGGAGCAACAACCGCAACAACAGCAACUUAGCGCCCGUAAGCUCAAGACGAGGCCUAUUUCCAUGUUGAGCCCCCCAAGCAUGAUUAACAACUACUCCGAGACGACGCCUUCGCCGGAUCCGUAUUACUCGUGCCACCAAGCACCCCUGAUUUGGCAGCCCAGCCCGUAUUCUUCUAGUCCCUCGUUGUAUGGAACCCCAUCCACCUCUAUGAACCGUAGCCGCUGCUAUGAUCUGGAUCCAACUUAUGACUCUCCGAGGCUGUCUUCAACUCAGCCCAUGGGAGGUUCCCAAUUCAUUUACCAAAGAGACCGGAUGAGCCUUCACAUUGAGGGUCAAUCCUCUCUGGUUUAAACACGGUCUUGCAUUGGAAGGACCGGGAACACGCGGGCUUCGAUCUGGAUGAAUCCCGUUUGUUCUCACUACGAUUACUUGAGCACAACAUAAUGUAUAAGUAAAUGUAGAAUUGGUGCACCAAACAAAUCAAUUGCUUUCUGUCCCCCUUAGAUACAGUCAUUGUGUUUCAAUUGUGUGAAAAAUGGAACUAUUUAAUAUCAUAUAUUAAGAAAAAUACAGAAGAACAAAUUUGAA